CCAAAAAAAAUGUUUUUCUCAGUAAAGUUUUUCUUCAGAGUGUUUUCUUUAGUCAGCACAAAAGAAAACAGCAGCAAGUAAACAUUUGAACACACACACACACACAGUAGAACCAUACACAGUUUUCGGCAAAAUUCAAACAUAAAAUAACACAGAAAAUGAAAACACAAAGAAAAUAUAAAAAUAACUUUAAAUCAAAGAGCAGCAUCACAGAGAAUAAUUAGAGGAGUUUUCAGGUGACUACACGUCUUUAAAAAUUAAUCUUCAACACACCAGGUCAGCAGAAACAAUAUAAAUACUCUACUCAUAUAACUGCUGGGAGUCUAUUUUAGUCUGUAAUUAUAAAAAUAUGAACGGGUCUUUAUUGAUGAGAUGCAGGGAUGCAAACGGGUAAAUCUCUCCUUCUGUGGUGUGUGUGGUGACGUGAGCACCCACUCAGAGGACUCCCACUUUAUAAGGUAAUGAGGCAGCAGCAGAAGGCCGGCCUCCCUCUGAGUGAGCCGCCCACGCUGAAGCUCUGACAGCUAUAAAAACCAGGACAGAUACUGAUCACACACACACACACACACACAGUCUGCUGAGAGAGAGCCUCAUCUCUGCUGCUCACACACACACACACUCACGCUCAUAUCAGCAGUUUCCAUAGGAACCUUUGAUAUUCAAACUCUGCUGCAGCCCGAGAAAGAGGCUCCAACCAAUCUCCUUUUUCUGUGUUUCUUUUUCUAACACUUGGAGAGGAUGACUGCAGGCAGAUCUUUUGAACCUCGGCAGUAGGAAGAACUUGAGUUUCCUCAGAUUUCGCUCAACUCUCUUGACCUCCGUGACCAUGGUGUCUCACAGAUCCACCAAAGGGGCCUCCAAAGCCCGGCGGGACCACAUCAACCACGAGAUCAGGAUCAUGCGCACUCUGCUGCCCAUCGGCCAGGACGACCAGGAGCGACUGUCCUACCUGCACUCCAUGGCCGCCAUCUGCACCUUCAUCAGGAAGUCUGUGUUCCUGCCCGGACUCUCUGCUGCUGCUGACUCAUCAGACCGCUCUCCUCCGUACGAGGCCUUUCUCCCGGCGCUGCACGGCUUCAUCCUGGUCACCACGGCGCAGGGCAGGCUGGUCUACGUGUCCGAAAACGUGUCUGAAUAUCUGGGCUUUUCCAUGCUCGAUGUGCUUCAAGGAGACACUUUCUACGACAUGGUGGAACACGAUGAUGUCGAUAUUGUCCGAUCAAAUCUGGACGUUGAAAACAACUCAUCACCAGAGAGGAGCUUUGUGUGUCGUAUGCAAACCUCCAAAGCCUUCAAGCUGCAGCGCGGCGGCUGCUGCUCCGUGCUGGUCAGAGGAAGAUUCCGCUCUUUUCCUCACCCUCGCCCGUCCCCCUCCUCAGCGGCCCCCGCGCCCUCCGCACAACCUCUGUUUGUGGCCCUCUGCACCCCCACGCUGAACCGCCUGCAGAGCUCAGACUCCAGCUUCUCUCUCUGCUUCAGCAGCGUCCACAGAGCAGACAUGACCUUCACCCAGCUGUCAGACAGUGUUUGGUAUGUUUUGGGGUAUUCGUCUGAAGAUCUGUGCGGCCGCUCGUGGUACAGCCUGGUCCACCCUGAAGAUCUGUCGCUGAGUGCAGAGUCUCACAGAAGUCUGAUGCGUGCAGACGAAGGCUUCCAGGUAGAGAUGGUGCUCAGGCUGCAGUGCAAAGAUCUGUCAUGGACCUGGAUCUACAUUCAGGCUAACAAGCUCUCCGAGUUUCAGGGCAUGAGCUGCACAAACUUCAUGAUCAGUGAAACAGAGGCCAGAUUUCUGCAGAAGAAGAUAAGCAGCGAAGCCUUCAAACCAUCCGCGUCCUGCCACUUUGCAGCUCAACACGCGCCUCAGAGUCACAGCAGCGCUAAAUGUUUUAAAAGGCGGAGGACGUCUGACAGCCAAAGUGAGGAGCAAAGUGCCAGAGCCGCAAGGGAGUCGGACAGAGACGUUUACUUUGUGGCGUGCGCCUCCUCCCAAGGCGACAGCUCACCUGCUCCUUCAGGUGACAGCCUUGCACUCUUCACCCCUCCCUACAGCCCCGCCUCCUCCUCCUGCUCCUCUCUGCAGGAGGAGCUCAGCCGUGACCUCCUGAUGGACGUGCACGGGUACACAGAUCAGCUGCUGUCCUCCCCUGAGUGCUCCUUCCCAGAGGCGGCAGCGUUCACCUGUCACCACUCACCCUCGGCCCCCCCGCCUUCAGCCGCUGAACAAACCUUCGAGCAGGCAGCCUUCGUCGCCCUCGCUCCUCUCUCCUCGUCAUCAUCGCCGACAUUUGAUUUCCAAACUUGUGCAUCAGAUGUUCGCUUAGUCCCAGACUGCCUGUCUCUGUCUGACAUGUGUGAGAGCUCAGUGGACUGUGCUCUGCAUCAAGAGGACCUCCUCCAGCAGCCACAAGGGGGCAGCCACGUGCACAUGCAGCAUGUUCCCCGACCUGUGCUGCCGUUACACUCCAGUCUUCUCACCCCCAACCAGUCUCCCUGUUCCUCAGAGUGUGACUUCAGUGAGAGGGAGCAGGUGGAGAUCAGCAUCCUGGCCCAGCAGAUCUCCUCUCUGGCGAGCAGCUUUGCGGCGUCUCACUCGCUGAACCCGCUUCAAAACACGGCCAGACCUACAACUGCGUGCGACUGGCCUCCUCCUCCACCUCCUCCCGCCCCUCCCCUUCCUCUGAAGCACGAGCAGGUCCUCGACGAUUGCUUGUUCGAAAGCAUCCUCAAAGACCUGAACAUGGCCAACCCAGGUUUCAUUUCCCCCAGCUACCAGCCGGGUCUGUUGUGCAGCAGGAGAGAGUCCAAUCAGGUGGAGGAGCAGCUCCUCGAUGUCCCCCCGACACUCCGAGAGGAGCUGCUGCCUGCUGAGACGUUCAUGGAUCCCUUCAGUUUGCAGCUGGGACGCCAUGACGCCAACACUGAGUUGCAUCAACUCAACCACUACAUGCAGAGAGUCCUUCAGCAAGACGCCCUCACUGAAGAAAACCUGUACUGAAAUAAGUCUGUGACUUACUGUACCUCCUCUUGUAUGACAUAUUGUCAGAGAAAAUCUGCCUUCACUGGAUUUAAAGAAGAGAAAAGACAUUUAAAGGACAUUUAUACUGACUCAAUGUUUCCCCUAAAGAGUUCUUUCAGAGGGUAGAAAAGAAUCGAAAGUAGAUUAUGUUCUCUUCUUCUUCUUCUUCUGCUUCAGGCUGCAGCUUUGUCUCCAUCUCUCCAAACUGCUGUCAGCUGCUUUUAGUUUGUGCUGAUGUCUUAUUUUUUUAUGAAAAGGGUACUUUAAAAAAAAAAAAACUGUGUGCCACCGCUGGAAUAGGAGUUUAUUUUUCUUUGAUACUAAAUGACCACAGUUCACUUCUGAGCACUUUAUCAAUGUCACUGCCCAAAGGAUUGUUGAAAGGAAAAGUUGUGUUGUUUAAAGUGAGAUUGUCUGAAAACAGAGCGACCUGAAGACGCUUUAAAGGAGCAAUGUGUAAGAUAUUUACUAGAAUGAUAAAGUGAGCUUACUAUAUGAUCAGUCGUAAACAGUUUACAAAGAUAAGAAGCCAUUUGAAAUGAUACAGCUCUUGUGCUUCAUCUACAGGAAAUAUAAAUCUGGAAGAAGGAGAUUGUGUUACAAUGUGGGAGCACUGAAUGUUUUUCCUGUGUUGGUGAUCAGAAACAUGCUGUGUUGAAGUGCUGGCUUCUCUGACAACAAUGCAGCAGCCAGUAUGUCCUCCCUCUAACUUUAGA